UUAUAAAAAGCGACGCUUCUCGAUGCCGCUUUUACGCUUCGCUAGCAUCAUCAAUGUGGUGGAAUCUCUUCCUCUUGUUUGGAUCGGCGGCGGCGGCGGCCAACCUUCUGCAAGGAAACGAUGCAGAAAAGAGAGGGACAGUGGUCUGCUAUUACCAGACAUGGGCCUACAAUCGACCAGAUCCCAUGACAUACGACAUCGAAGACAUCCCGGCACAUUUCUGCACUCAUCUCAUCUACUCCUUCGUCGGACUGGACAACACCACUUGGGAGGUGACCAGCAUUGACCCACUGCUGGACUUUGAAAGAGGCGGCUUCAAACGGUUCAACGCCUUCAAGAAGAAGCACCCGCACCUGAAGACUCUCUUGGCUGUCGGGGGAUGGGCCGAGGGAGGCAAGAAAUAUUCGGAUAUGGUAUCCGUCAGCUCGAGAAGAGAGACAUUUGUGAAGAGUGCAUUGCAAUGGGUUCUCAAACACGGGUUCGACGGCUUCGAUCUCGACUGGGAGUAUCCGGCUGCACUCGAUCGAAAUGGGAAGAUGUCGGACAAAGAAAACUUUGUCCAUCUCGUUAAGGAACUGAGAGCAGCGUUCGAGCCCCACAACCUACUUCUCACGUGUGCCGUGCCAGUGGCCAAGUUCAGGCUCGACGAGGGCUAUGAAGUACAGGAGCUUGGAAAGUACCUGGACCACAUUCACGUGAUGUCGUACGACCUUCGCGGGAACUGGGCAGGAUUCGCCGACGUCCACAGUCCACUGUACAGGCGACCCUUUGACGAAUGGGCAUACGAGAAGCUCAAUGUGCAUGACGGUCUGGCGCUGUGGGCCGAGCGCGGAGCUCCUAAGCACAAGCUCAUCGUGGGAGUUCCACUGUACGGCCGGACAUAUACACUGGGUAGCAAGGAUAACCACGGUCUGCGCGCACCUGUGGCCAAGUGGUUGGGAGGAGGUAGCCCCGGCGAGUAUACCAACGAGACCGGCUUUCAUGCCUUCUUCGAGGUAUGCAAGAAUGUCAAAGACAAUGGCUGGACGAGGGAAUGGGACGACAUUGGCAAGUGCCCCUACGCUUACAAGGACAAGCAAUGGGUGGGAUACGAGGACGAACAGAGCAUGCAAAUCAAGAUGGACUACAUCCGGGAACACGGUUAUGGUGGUGCCAUGGUUUGGGCGAUAGACAUGGACGACUACAAAGAAGAAUGCGGCUGCAAAUACCCGCUCAUGAACAUAAUACACGACAAGAUGGCAGACUACGUGGCUCCAACGUCACAACCAUCUCAAGAACCAUCAUCAUCAUCCUCAAAAUCGUGGACCUGGUGGUCGCAACCAUCAUCAUCAUCAUCAUCAACAACAACAACAUCAAAAUCGUGGACAUGGUGGUCGCAACCAUCAUCCUCCACAUCCCCUAGGCCGAGGCCACCCCCUGGAACAGUGGACUGCUCCAACCCAGCCUUCACACACUACGCACAUGAGUCGGAUUGUUCAAAGUUCUACGAGUGUGUCCAUGGCGAAGCAAUGGAACACAGUUGUUAUGGUGAUACCGUCUGGGACAUCGAACGCAACAUCUGCAAUUGGCCACGUGACGUCAACAGGGACGAAUGCAAAAAGGAUAAACAAAUAUGACCUGUGAUAUGCUUGGCCGCAAACUAUAUAGAAACCACUCCCACGAAAGCUUCUUGAUGAUCGAUUCCCUCGGCAGAGACAUCAAAGUGCAAAGCUUGAAAAAUUGUUGCCUUUAUGAACGCCUCUCAUCGAGGCUACUAUUUCUGCACUCGCGCUAACCAAAGGUAUCAUUACAUGUACGAGGAUCAUGUUUUACGCGUCCAUGACUGAAAACAAGCAGGUAAUUCAUCUGAGACUUCUUGAAGCCAUCUUUCCAGACA